AUGAGUUUUAAUUCGAAUUUCUUUGGCAAUGACCCCUUUUUCAGUGGUAGCAACAAUGGCUUUUUUGGAAAUGACCCCUUUGCUCUGAUGAACGAGCAAAUCAAUAGAAUGAACCAACAGUUUAAUGCCAUGAACCAACAGUUCAAUACCAUGAAUCAGCAAAUGAAUCAGCAAAUGAAUCAGCAAAUGAGGAACAUGGUUAGCGGACCAAACAAUUAUCCAAAUUUAAUUGAACAAAGGAAUAUCAAUACUGAUAUUAAUACCGUCUAUGAUCCCAGUUCCUCUCCCAGCUCGAAUAGAAGUUUGACUCACAGCAACAACAAUAACAAUAAUAAUAAUAAUAACAAUAAUAGUAACAGUGUUAGUAACUUCAAUUAUAACAGUCAUAGCAUGAAUUUUUCUGGUACAAAAAUUGUAGAUAAUCCAACCAAUGUCGAGGUUUCAAUAUUAAUCCCAAAUUGUCAAAAGGAUAAUAUUAACCUAUACUUGAAUGAAAGCUCGAACACUUUGACGGUUUCGGGAAUGCAAGAGCAAAUUGUUAGAUCUCAAUUUGGUUACUCCUCCUCCUCCUCAUCAUUUUCAAAAUCUUUUUCUUUGAAUACCAAUGCCUCAUUAGAUUCAAAUUCAAUUGAUUUCAAUUAUGACACUCAAAACGGCUUAUUGAACUUGGUUAUUCAAAAACGGUUACCAUCAAUUAGAAAUAAUUAUCAUAAUAAUAGUAAUGACACAAUCAGUCCAAGAAACGUUGAUUUAAUUGAAAAUGCUAAUGAAAACAACAGAAUCGAGGAAAUUCAAGAUGAUGAGAAUAGUAAUAGCAGCAGCAUCCACAACUAUGACAAUAAUAAUAGGAAUAAUAAUAGAAAUAAUAACAAUAACAACAACAACAACAACAACAAUAAUAACAAUUUUACAAAUUUUAAAUACAAUAAUAGUGGUAAGUAUCAAUUAUAA